GGCCUGUGGGGUUGAGCCCCACAGAAACCGAUUUGCCAAGUGAACCAUUGCUUCUGCGAGGGCACAUCUGUGGCCACCAGCAAGUAGCCAGAGUUGGAAAUGGCAGCUUCUGUUGCCACCAAGACAGCUUGGAAGCUGCAAGAGAUCAUAGCUCACAGCAGCAAUGUGUCUUCACUGGUUCUGGGCAAAAGUUCAGGUCGACUGCUUGCAACUGGAGGAGAUGACUGUCGAGUCAAUAUCUGGUCAGUUAACAAGCCCAACUGCAUCAUGAGCUUGACAGGCCAUACAACGCCAGUGGAGAGCCUGAGGAUCAGUGCAAAUGAAGAGCUCAUUCUAGCUGGGUCUCAGUCGGGAUCCAUUCGAAUUUGGGACCUGGAAGCUGCUAAAAUUCUUCGUACACUAGUGGGGCACAAAGCAAAUAUCUGUAGCCUUGAUUUCCAUCCAUUUGGAAAGUUCGUAGCUUCAGGGUCUCUGGACACUAACAUUAAGCUCUGGGAUAUUAGAAGGAAAGGCUGUGUCUUCAGGUACAAGGGUCACACACAAGCUGUUAAGUGUCUCCGAUUUAGUCCUGAUGGCAAGUGGUUAGCAUCUGCUGCAGAUGAUCACACUGUAAAGCUUUGGGAUCUAGUGGCUGGGAAGCUGAUGUUCGAGUUUACAGGACACACGGGCCCAGUAAAUGUUGUUGAAUUUCAUCCCAAUGAAUACCUCUUGGCUUCAGGCAGCUCUGACAGGACAGUCCGAUUCUGGGACUUGGAGAAGUUUCAAGUGGUGAGCUGCAUUGAAGAGGAAGCCACUCCUGUCAGGUGCGUUCUUUUCAAUCCAGAUGGCUGUUGUUUGUACAGUGGCUUCCAGGAUUCACUGCGUGUGUAUGGCUGGGAGCCUGAGCGCUGCUUUGAUGUGCUCUUGGUGAACUGGGGGAAAGUGGCUGAUCUGUCUAUGUGCAACAACCAAUUGAUAGGAGUAUCCUAUGCAGAGUGUACAGUCUCUUCAUUUGUUGUGGACCUCAGCAAAGUCAAAAAGUCUGGUUCCGUUCUUCAUGGGCUAAUUAGGGAUGACAAGCCUCUUAUUCAGCCCAUACCCACAGGGUCCUCCCUUAGACGCAUCUAUGACAGGCCAUCAACUACCUGUAGCAAGCCACAAAGGGUAAAACACAACUCGGAGAGUGAGAGACGCAGUCCCAGCAGUGAAGAUGACCGAGAUGAGAGAGAAUCAACUGCUGAGAUCCAGAACCCAGAGGAUUAUAAAGAAAUCUUCCAGCCCAAGAACUCCAUCUCUCGAACUCCUCCACACAAGACUGAGCCCUUUCCAGCUCCUCCUGAGGAUGAACCUCUUACAGUAAAGGAAGCAACAAAGCCCAGCCAAACUGUGGAUAUUCAGACCCCACUGCCAAAGCAAGAAAAUCCUGACCCAGUUCAGAUGCCACCAAUUGCCUCCUCAACUCCUGUGUCCAGGGCAGAGCCAUCAGUGAUUCCUGCAACCAGGGAUCAACCCAUUGGGUUGAAGGCCUCUGACUUUCUGCCAGCUGUGAAGAACCAAAGCCAGACUGAGAUAGUGGAUGAAGAGGCCAUGUCCCAGAUAAGGAAGGGCCACGAGACCAUGUGUGUUGUGCUCACAAGCCGCCACAAGAACCUGGAUACCGUGCGGGCAGUGUGGAGCACUGGUGACAUCAAGACAUCUGUGGACUCUGCCGUGGCUAUCAAUGAUCUCUCUGUUGUAGUGGACCUCCUGAACAUUGUCAAUCAGAAGGCGUCUCUCUGGAAACUGGAUCUGUGUACUAUAAUCCUGCCUCAGAUAGAGAAGCUCCUUCAAAGUAAAUAUGAAAGUUAUGUACAGACUGGCUGCACCUCAUUGAAGCUGAUUCUCCAGAGGUUCCUGCCACUGAUCACAGACAUUCUUGCUGCACCACCUUCUGUUGGAGUGGAUAUUACAAGAGAGGAGAGGCUCCAUAAAUGCAAACUGUGCUACAAACAGCUGAAAAAUAUCAGCAACAUAAUCAAGAACAAGUCUGGACUGAGUGGCCGCCAUGGCAGUGCCUUCCGUGAGCUGCAUCUCCUCAUGGCUGUCUUAGAGUAACAGUUGUCUCCUCCUUCUCACACGCAAGCACACAGGUGGCCAAACUUUUCUGCCCCCACUCCAGCCAUCUUCCAUCAGUCUUGUUCUGUGUCCAUCCAUGUUCCUUACAAUGAAGACCCUGCUGGCUGGCUGGCCACCUGCCCCCACCUCCAGUGCCUUCCAGGCUGGAUUGAAAACCUGAGUGGAGAUGUCUGUCCUGUGCCCAGGCAGGGCCUAGCUGGACUAGGACACUGCAGAGUUCAUAUCCUCGUCUAGUUCUUGUGUGAAAUUUGCUUUCAUCCAACUCUCUGCAGAAUUCUUACCUGCUUGGCCUCCUAGUACUGGUCUCUGCCUGAUGGAAGGGUCUGGAUCUGCUCUUGCUCUGCAUUCUCCUCUCCUGUGUGCACUGUUGUUACCUGGCUACUUCGGCCAUGCGGAGGCCUUGUGGACCACUUGGAACACUUGAGUCUGGAACUGGAGAUCUGUUCCUUCUGGAAGCUGCUGUUUGUGUGGGGGCACUGUAGAAAAGCCUGGCUCGGGACAGAGUGCCUUUUCCCCAGAGCAUGGACAUGACCCAGGCUUCCCAGUUGGUAUUUGGGGCUAGCCCCUUCUGUGAAUUAAUUCAGAGCAUUUGAGCCCGGAUGCCUCUCAGGACCAGCCCUGCUGCUGUUGCACCUGAAGUCCUCAAGCUUUUUUUUCUAAUGGAAGGUGUCUUACAGCUUGCCGUAUAAGUGGGGUUUCGAAAACCCCCCUUGGUGGCUUUGAGCCACAUAGCUGUACUAAGGUUAAAAUCUAGUCAGGAGUAGGAGGGAGAUGGGUCUGCCUGAUCUGUUUGUAUACAUGGGUGAGACAGGAUUUUCCAUGUGUGUAUUGCUUGGGGGGGGAAGGGGAGUGUUAAACCAGGAGUGGGGGAGGGGCAAAUGGACAUGGAUUAACCUCUUGCUAUACCCAUUGGACUCUUGGAUUUUUUUCCCCAAUAAAUGGCUGUCACAACUUUUCUGUCCCUUCUAGCUUCUUUCCACUGGGGAGAAAGGCUCCUGUGCUGGGGGUUCCCUCUUCGUCUUUGUCCCGUUCAUACACUGGAGCCUGCUGUUUGGGAAGCUGUAAUUUAUAAUGAUUUUAUUAAAGAUUUGUAACUUUUUU